AUGUCCGAGGAAAAGGCACCCUACGUGACUCUCGAUGUAUUCUCAUCGAAGAGAUUCAAAGGAAACCCCGUUGCGAUUGUGAAGGUCACCGACAGCAAGCUGUCACAAGAACAGAAGCAAAAGAUCGCCAAAGAGUUCAACUUUUCCGAAACCGUCUUCUUCCAUCCGGCCAAUGGAGAUGAGCCUCCUCGGGUGUACAUUUUCACGCCCGUCAAUGAGAUGGACUUCGCCGGCCAUCCCGUCAUUGGCGCUGGCCAUUUUCUGUUCCGCCAAUUGUUAGGAAACGACCCAAGUCGUCCAAAGUCUCUCACCAUUACCACCAACGCGGGGCCUGUUCCAAUCACAUAUGAUCCAGAAAAUGAGGUUGUAUCCGCCGAAGUCCCUCACAAUAUCCAUCAGCAUCAGCAAGGGGCAACGCUGGCCCAUAUCCUGCCAGUCCAAGCCAGCCUGAAGACGGUCUCGGACCUCCAUGGUGUACCAAAGUCAUCACCAGUAGUCUCUGUGGUAAAGGGUGUCACUCCUGCUCUUGAUCUUGAUGAGGGAUGGAAGCCCUCAUUCACUGGGGUCAUGUACUACCGGAAUGGCGGGUCUCGCAUCGAAGGAGACACAGUGAUCUGGGAUCUUCGGGUGCGAAUGAUCGCUAUCGAUUUGGAAGAUCCAGCUUGUGGUAGCGGAGGGAGCUCCUUGGGUGUUUACCUCGCGUUGUUGAACGGUCAGCAGGGUCAGAGCCACCGGUUCUAUAUCGAUCAGGGCAUUGAGAUGGACAGGGAGAGCCACCUCAUUGUUGAUGUGCUGUUGGAUGAUGAUAGGAAACGGGUAUCCACUAUCAAGCUUGCUGGACAGGCUGCCUUUGUGGCGGAAGGGAGUAUCUUUUUGAAUUGA